AUGAACACCAUGUUUAGGUCUCAAGAGCUAUGGGAUUUGGUUGAAUUUGGGUUUGAAGAUAAAAAGGAUACCAAAGACCCUGAUCAGUCAUUACGAGACAAACACAAGAAGGAUGCCAAAGCCUUGUUCUUCAUCCAACAAGCGCUUGACGACAUCAUCUUCUCACGAAUGCAUUUUGAAUUGUUGGAGAUGAAAGAGAAAGAGUCAGUUCAAGAGUAUCUUUCAAAAGUGUCUGGUAUUGUUAAUACAAUGAGGUCAUAUGGUGAAACAAUAACUGAAGCCACUGUUGUUAAGAAGGUAUUGUUAUACGAAGAUAGGUUGGGUAGGUCUAGUGAAAAGGUUGAAGAAAAAGCCUUUCAGGUGAAGGGGGAGCCUUCCUCUAAGGGAAAAUUUUCGAAUUCUGGAGGUCGUGGCAAAGGACGAGGUGGCUUUCGGGGACGAGGUGGCUUUUGGGGACGAGGUCGUAGACACUUUGGUGAUCAAUGUCAUAGAAAAAGCCACAUUCUGUGCCAUUAUUGUAAAAAGAAUGGGAACAAAGAAGUUGAAUGUUGCAAGAAACAACGAGAAGAAAACCAAGCCAACUUCACUGAGCAAGCAGAUGAGGAGAGCAAUUUGUUUAUGGCUCAUUCGGCACUUGACAUUCUGCUCAAUGAUGUGUGGUUCAUAGAUAGUGGCUGCUCCAAUCAUAUGUGCGGCACAAAAUCUAUGUUUAAGGAACUUGACGAGUCGAAAAAAUCUGAAGUUCGGCUCGAAAAUGACAAACCAAUUCAGGUUAAAGGAAGAGGUAUUGUUGUCCCGAGAACCUCUUUAGGUAAUGUCAAAUUACUCAAAGAUGUGCAAUACGUUCCUGGCCUGGCUCAUAAUUUGUUGAGUGUUGGACAAUUGAUGAUUAGUGGUUAUUCAAUUAUAUUUGAUGAUAAGUCUUGUAGCAUUCAUGAAAGAAGUCUGGCAAAAAAUGUUUUGACGUUAAUAUGA